CACUGCUGCUUAGUGCUUCAACUUGUCUCCAUGAAACAAAGCUGAUGGUGGCGAAGAGAAUAAUGAGCACCCGCCCUCCCUCUACACCCCCCAUUCCAUUGCCUGCAAGCCGUAUGACCAUAAUGGGGUCAGGCAGAUGGGUGGGGACCAUGAAGACGACGUGUGUGUGUCUGUGUCAUACUAGACACCAGUGUGAGCUUUGUUGUGCUGAGGCUUCAUGAGGAGCGUUUUCAAUGUAUGUAGUUGGUGACACAUGCACGGACAAGUCAAGGUUUUGGUCAAGGGGCCUUGUGGUGCACGCACAGAUUGCUCACUGUUCUCAGCUAAAUUGCCUUAAGACAAAAGAAUUAGUCUAUGUAUUCACUUCCUUUCUGGCAUUUUAGAAAGGCAAAAUGAUUUGAAUGUAUUCAAAUAGUUUAAAUUAAGAAAACACUAAGCUAGCGUGUAAACGUGAACUUUAUUUGUAAUUGCAUUUUUUUGUAACUUUAUCAGUGAACGCAAAAUGCUAAUAAAUUCAAGUUAAAAUGUCAUUAUUUGAAAUUUAAAUGAGCUGAAUGACUAAACUGACCGGCUUUAAAUCAAAGCUGAACAUCUGAAUGGAUGGAGAGGGCGUCGAUUACAGUACUAUCACCAAAAGCGGUGUGUGCGGUGACAUGGGUCCUUCUCCAGUCUGCUCCAACUCCUGUCCGUCCCUCGCUGCUUCGUUGGUCCAUCCGACCCGAGCGACUGAGGCUCCGCCCCUUUACGAUCGUCGGACACCUUCAGCUCAACAAAGCAUGUGUGGCUCCGGAACAUUGUUUCUCCUCUGAACACGCGGAUUUCUGGACUUUAGGGGAAUUUCUUUUGCGGAUUGCUCCCAGAUUGAUGCUUUACCUUGAUGGCAACCAUGACAACAGAGGCGAGUGCGGUGAGCGAGGCAGACACUGAAGGCAAGCAGAAGGCGAGCAGUGCUGAACCUGAACCUGAGAACGAGCAGAAUCCAGAGGCGGCCGCAUCUGAGCCAGAGGGCGAGCCGUCCAACAAGGAAGUCCCAGCACCGCCCACUAAACCAAUAACUGUCGAUGCAGCAACCUCUCCAGAUGAGGAUCUUAAGCCCAGGACCCGCACAUCGGCAGGAAAGGGCCUAUCACGUCUCUUCUCCAAUUUUCUGAAGCGCCGUUCCCAGUGCUCGGAAGGAGAAGGAUUUGAGGUGGAGAAAGCCAAGGAGGAGAAGGCAGACAAAGAAGACAUAGGGGAAAAAUCAGAAGAAGAAAAGGAGACUGUGAAAGGGGAGGAGGAGGAGAAAGAUAAACCAGAGGAAGCACAGUCUGAGGAGAAAGACAAGAAUGAAGAACAUGUAGAUAAGAAAGAGGAAAUAAAGAAAACAGAAGAAAAACUUGAGAAAAAAGGCAGCAAGAAGAAAAAGAAAGAAGCUAAGAAAAAAGCUGAUGAAAAAGGGACAGAUAAAGUGAAGUCCUCCGAGGAGAAAAAAGAAGAAGAGGUGAAAAAAGAGGAAGGGGAAACGGAAAAGGUGGAAGAAGUUGACGAAAAAGGUGAAGAAAGUUCAGAGACAAAAGAGGAAGAAAAGAAAACCAGUGAAGCAAAAGAUAAGGGGGCAGUUGCUGCAAAAGAGGAAGAAAAAGUUGACAAGAAGCUGGUGAAGAAAAAAGAAAAAGAGGAAAAGGUAAAGAAGAAGGAAGAGGAGAAGGCUAAAAAGAAAGCAGAAGAGGAAGAAAAACUAAGAAAGAAGGAAGAGGAAAAGGAAAAGAAGAAAGAAGAGGAAAAAGCACGAGAGGCAGAAAAGCUUAAGAAGAAAGAGGAGGAAAAGACUAAAAAGAAGGAAGAGGAAGAAAAGGCAAAAGAGGAAAAGAAAAAGAAAGAAGAGGAGAAAUUAAAGGAGUCAAAAAGGAAAGAAGAGGAGAAAUUAAAAGAGACAAAGAAGAAAGAAGAGGAGAAAUCAAAGGAAGCAAAAAAGAGAGAAGAGGAGAAAUCAAAGGAAGCAAAAAAGAGAGAAGAGGAGAAAUCAAAGGAAGCAAAAAAGAAAGAAGAGGAGAAAUCAAAGGAAACAAAAAAGAAAGAAGAGGAGAAAUCAAAGGAGGCAAAGAAGAAAGAAGAGGAGAAAUCAAAGGAAACAAAAAAGAAGGAAGAGGAAAAGGACACUGAUCCAAAAAAGAAAGAGGAGAAAGCAACUGAGGCAAAAAAGAAAGAGGAAAAGGGAACUGAUUCGAAAAAGGAGGAAAAAGUAACCGAUUCAAAGAAGAAGGAAGAAAAGGGUGGGGUGGAAAAAAAGAAGGAGCCAGAGAAGACAGAAGAAAAACAGAAGAGUGGAAAGAAAAAAGAUAAAGGAAAGAACAAAGGAAAAAAAGAGGAAAAGCAAUCAAAGGGUUCUAGUGAGGAGCAAGUGAAAGCGCCAAUAGCUGCUCCUGAGCCAGAGUUGAAAACAGAACCAGAAACCGACCAGGUUCCUGAUCAGCAGUCAACAAGCAGCGCUGACGCACACGCGGCUCCAGGGGAGCAGAAAGAAGCUGCAGACAAGAAGGAUUCUGACGCCAUUGAAGAAGUAAAGGAAGAGGAGUCGGAGAAAAAAGAAGACGAGUCUGAAGAACAGGAGGAGGAGGCAGACACGAAGGAGUCCUCUGAGGAGAAAACUAAAAAGCCUGCUAAGGAGAAGACUGAGAAGAAGGUGGAGGACAAAGGCUCCAAGAAGUUGAAAACCAUGCAGUGCAAAGUCACUUUGCUGGAUGACGCGGUGUACGAGUGCGAGCUGGAUAAACAUGCGAAAGGCCAGGAGCUCUUCAUUAAAGUGUGCGACCAUCUCAACCUGCUGGAGAAGGACUACUUCAGCCUUGCUCACUGGGAAACACCGACCAGCAAGACAUGGCUGGAUCCCACCAAAGAGAUCCGGAAACAGGUUCCUGGUGCUGUCUACGAUCUUACGUUCAACAUAAAGUUCUACCCUCCAGAUCCUUCUCAGCUCACGGAGGACCUCACCAGGUACUAUCUGUGUCUCCAGCUGCGGAAGGACAUCAUGCUCGGAGUCCUUCCUUGUUCCUUUGUCACGCUGUCCCUCCUGGGCUCCUACACGGCACAGUCAGAGCUUGGCGAGUACGACCCAGAAGUCCAUGGCCCAGACUAUGUGAAGGAACUCAGUCUGGCACCAGGGCAGAGCAAGGAACUGGAGGACAAGGUGAUGGAGCUGCAUCGCACCUAUAGGUCGAUGAGUCCUGCCCAGGCCGACUUGCUGUUUUUGGAAAACGCCAAGAAACUUGCCAUGUAUGGUGUUGACCUGCAUCAAGCCAAGGAUCUUGACGGGGUAGACAUCACACUCGGGGUUUGCUCGAGCGGACUCAUGGUUUACAAAGACAAACUGAGAAUCAACCGAUUCCCUUGGCCUAAGGUCCUCAAGAUUUCUUACAAACGCAGCAGCUUCUUCAUCAAGAUCCGGCCAUCUGAGCAAGAGCAGUAUGAAAGCACCAUUGGUUUCAAACUUCCCAACUACAAAGCCUCCAAGAAGCUGUGGAAAGUUUGUGUCGAGCAUCACACGUUCUUCAGGGUUUCAACGAUUGAGCCUCCAUCAUCACGGCGCUUCUUAGUCUUGGGCUCCAAGUUCCGAUACAGCGGCCGCACUCAAGCCCAGACUCGCCAGGCCAGCUCCAUGAUCGACCGACCUGCCCCCAGAUUCACCCGCUCGGCUAGCAAGCGCCUGUCCCGUAACCUCGACGGAGAAGAGACACUCCAUUUGUUGCAGCAACUUGAGGGACCUCGCAGGUGUGAGGUUGAUGACUGGGCCCAGAUUUUGGGUUUGGAUAAACCACAGGCUUUCUUUGACUCUCCAGCCAGAAGGACGCAGGCUUAUGUUCUGCAAGGGGACGAGAGGCAGUCUUUUCAGAGUGAGUCCUGGCAGGGCACUGGCUCUCUGAUCCUUACCCAGGCCGGCUCUCAGCCCUGGCUGUUGACAAAAGAAGAGUGGCCUUCCUUGCUCCAGCGACUUCCUCCUUUCCGUUUUGUGCCACAUUUCAGUUUAGCGAAGCAACCAGUUGAUUCCACUUCGGCAAGUUUGAGCUCAGUGGACAGAUUACUGCAACCCUCACUGCAACAGCAGGACGACUGGCUUGGCUACUUCGACAACAAAGCUCCAUCAGGCGACACGCCCCCAGAAGAAGGUUUAAUGGCAGAAGAGCAAGAGGAGUCGAGGCAGCAGCUGAUCGACAGACUUCAGGAAACUGUGCUUUUGGUGGAUGCCUUGACCGAGCAAGAAGAAUUGGAAAGGAGUUUGAGGGAAGUGAAGGAUCUGGAGGAGAGACUUCAAGGGAUGGACCAGCUGGCAGAGAGAAUUCAGGAUAUAAUAGAACAGGAAUUAGGGAAGGAGGAGAUCGCCAAGUGGAGGGAGAAAGAUAAUGAAGGGUUAAUUCAGGCUCCAGAUAAGGAUGAAGCUGUUACACAAACAGUGGUGACAAAAUCCUCUGUGGCUGCAGAUGAGGAGGAAGAGCCGAUAAAGCAAGCGUUUUUAAUAGAUCCGUUACUGGAGGAUGCCCUGGUAGCACAGGCCAAAAAGAAGAGCGCAGUGGAGGAGAAAGAUGUUCUGAUGGCUGAUAACUUGAGGGACAGGCGAUAUCAUGUGGAGCAGGAGAAGGUUGAGGAGGAGGCAAAGGUGGAGAAGGAGAUUGUGAUGGAUGACAUCUUCAGAGACAAGCAACGGCAGGCUGAGGAGGAAUGGCAAGACCAAGUGAAAAAGAGUGGUUUGUCAGAUGUUAGUGGCUCCUCUGUUAUUGACCAGUCUGUGAUGGCAAAGAGAGUGGAAGAGGUGGAUGAGUUAGAAGAGCAGAUAAAGCUUGUGUUUUUAAAGGAUUUGUUGGUAGAAGAUGAACCGAAAGAGAGAGAAGCCAUGAAGGAUACCAGUGUGGAGGAGAAAGAACUUGUUAAGGAUGUCAUCUUAAAAGACAAGUUACGCCAGAUUGAGGAGGAGGCCAACACAGAGAAACAAGUUUUGAUGGAGGAGAAAGACAAGUAUGAGAGUGUCACAGUGGAGAGAGUGGUUCUGAUGGUUGAUGACUUAAGAGACAAGCUGGGUCAAGUGGACCAGGAAAGCGAAAGGAUGGUGAACCCUAUGGUGGAGAGAAGGGUUGUAAUGUAUGAUAGCCUGACAGACAAAGGACGUCAGAUGGAGGAGGGCAAGACGGAGAGUAUCGUGCCAAAAACAGAGGAUCUGAUGGGUGAUGGUUUAAGAGACGAGCUGCAACUGGUUGAGGGGGAGAAAUUCAAGGAGGAGGGCAUCACUGUGGAGCGAGUGGUUCUGAUGGGGGAUAUCUUAACAGACAAGCCAGGUUUGAUGUUUGAUGGUUUAACCGAUGAAGUAAGUCCGAGGGAGGAGGGCAAGAUGGCGAGUAACACUGAGGAAAAGGUUCAAGAGGAACUGGAAAAGAGUGGUCUCUCAGGUGUCGGUGCCACCUCUCUUACCUACCAGUCGAUGAUGAAAAGGAAAGUUACCAUUGUAGAUGAAAAGAUUUCUUCACUGGAAGAUUAUGACAUUGUUGAGCUGUCCGGGGUCAUGUCUGAGGAGGAUCUGGGUAAUUUGGCUCAGAUCUGGGUCAGGACAGAAAUGACUCAGCAGAGAAAUGAGGAAGUUUCAGUCGCAGUGAAGUCGGAAUAUCCAUUGCAGCUUGGACAACAAGACGAGUGGUUUGUCCUUUUCGAUCGAACUCCUUACCAAGCCAUCGACUGGCCAAUAGUUACGAGUGUGAGGCCUGCUGAAGUGGAGGAGAAACAGUACACUGUGUCAGCGUAUGCAAAGUCAACAGUCAAGGAAGAACAGAGUGUAACGGUGGUGAAUAUUCUUGGGACAGACGAAAUCCAGAGCAUGCCAAAAAAUGUCCUUUCACAGGCUAAUAUGGACGGAUCUGAUGACUGGCAUGUGUUGCUGGAUACUGUUGCCAGAGACACUUCAUAUGUACAACCAGUUGCGUGGGGUGGCAGAGAACAGAAGACACAAAGUGUCAAAACCGCAACUGAAAAAGCUAGCAAGCAAGUUGUAACUGAAGAGAUUAAAGGCGACCACCCACGAUGGCUUCCUCAAGCUCCUGUGGAAGAAAGAGAUGAUGAUUGGUUUCUUUUGCUAGCUGUUGUUCCAAAAGUCACGUUUGAUGUAGAACCAGUUACCUCAAGAGAAAGGUACCAGAUGGACACAGGAAGUAUUGUCGCUGCGACUGGCAGCACGGUGGAAAAGCAGAUUAGAGAAGUUGUAUUUGAAGAGAGGGAGAUUACUGACAACCCUCUGAGAUGGCUUCCUUCAAUCCCCCGGCCACCAGUCGAACAGAGGGAGGAUGACUGGUUCAAACUGCUGGAUUAUAUGGCAAGAGAAACGCGUUAUAUCGCACCAGUGAAGUCUGUGACUUUCGAUGAGGUGGUGACCAUAAUAAAAGCAGUGGAGCGGAAAGAAGAAAAAGAGAUUGAUGUGAAAGAAAGAGUAGCAGUAUAUCAGCAGCAGGCCAUUGCUCUACCACAGUCUGUUCUCACGACAGCGGAUGACUGGUUUUUGCUGCUGGCUGUCCCUCCCCACAAGCCUUUGUUUGUCCCGCCAGCCUCAAUUGCAACUCAAGUGUUUCCCCAAGAAGAAAGUGUUUCAUCGGUGGCUGAAUCUGAGAUAGUGUUGGUUCAGGAGGGGGACGCAAAGCCCAGCAAAACUGUGAUCAAAACUACCCAAGAACAAGAUGUUGAAACAAGAGAGCUAGCUUCCAUAGCACCAGUAUUCUCAAAAACUCUGCUGAAUCCUGUUGAAGAGGUUUUGAGCAGAGAGUUUCUGUUGUCGGACCGAGGACAGCCAUCCAAACCGGUGACGGUGAGGGAUGAUGACUGGUUUCUUCUGUUUGAUGUGCGUCAGGACGAAGCUGUGGAGAAACCGUCAGUUUCUUCUGCUAGAAUUCCUCCAGGGAUAAGGAUGACAGCUGAAGUUGAUGUGACAACAGCUGAGGCUGAAAAGUGGACAAAGAUAAUUACUGUGAACGGCUGGCAAGAUGAAGCCUGUCGUCCUGAAGCGAAGGCACAGUCUAUUUCAGGAAGAUCAGAGGGAAAAGAUGAUGACUGGUCUCUGAUGUUCGAUGCGUCUCGAGAGCCUGUGUUCCUACCAGCAGUUUUCAGUCCAGUUGUUUACAAUAUAAAAUCCAAGCAGAAGUCUACUAUCCAGGAAGUCAGGCCUCCUUUAAAGGCAAUGGAGAAAAGAGAGGUGCAACCAAGAAGGCUCAGUGACGACUGGUUUGUCCUGCUGGAUGUUGCUGGUAAAAUGCCAGCCUUUCCUGCUCAAGCUAGGACAUCUGAAAUGAGAGAGUUAAAAGUCAGAACUCAGCAAAGCAUUGUUAUAAAGGACCAGGUGCAGAUGCCAUCACGUCAUUCUGUGAGACAAGUGGAGGAUGAUUGGUUUACUGUUCUGGACGUAGCACAGGAGCAAUCAGUUUCCGUCCCAGUGCCAGUCCUACUCCCAACGCAGGCGAAAGUGUCUGAUGCCAAAUCCUGGACUCCCAUGAUAAGGCCAGAGUUUGAGAGGAUGAUUGUGGAGGAGCGACAGCCUUUCAAACACACUCAUGUGCAUGCUGACUGGUUUGUUCUACUAGAUGUUGCUCCUAAAGAGUCAGUUGCUGUUACUCAGAGGGGCACCCGUCCUGUCAGCGCUCCAGUCUUCUCACAAGCUGCCCUGAUAGAAGCGGGCAUCCCCAUGGCUCCAUUAGAGCAGCCUCAGACAUCGACUCCCAUCAAGACUGUCAUCAAGGAGGAGCAGACUCUGGAGGAAACCGUGGAGGGUGUCGAGUCUUCCAAAACUGAAGUCAAGUCGGCAGCAUGCAGGGAACAGAUUGAAGUGAUGUCUGCCAUCAAUGGGGACCAUCAGUCUGAGGUGACGACCACGGAUGUGGUGCGAAUGCGAAAGAAAAGAGCUAAGAAAAUUGAGGGUGACUCAAUUUAUGUCAGACAUAGCCUUUUAAUGUUGGAGGAAUUUGAUAAGCCUCAAGAGGACCUGCUGCGGCAUCAUGCCAGCAUCAGCGAGCUGAAGCGGAACUUCAUGGAGUCCAUGCCGGAGUCCAAACCCAGCGAGUGGGACAAGCGCCUGUCCACUCACUCUCCAUUCCGCACUCUGGGUGUGAACGGUCAGCCUCUGCCCAGUGCUGAUGGGAGUGUUAGAUCCAUUCCUGGUUCUGGUUCUGAGACAAAGGCUGUGCACGUGGAACCCAUCGACAGUUUGGACAUUACCAGUCCGACUCCAGAGGUCCACAUGGUUCCUGUUGCAGAACAGUCAUGUGAUCUGGAGGACAUUAUUGAAACGCCCGUGGUUCCGGUUGCGGAGGUGGAUGUGGCACUUCCAGCCCUCGACAUCACAGUUAAAUCCUUAGGUGAUAAGCAGGAGGAGGGGUCAGAUCCUGGAUUGUCGGGGAGCUCCGAAAGGAUAGUCGGCUCUGCCUCGUAUUUCACAAGUGAAGGUCCACGGGUCGUGCGAUGCUCCCAGCCCCCUCUGGUGGAGACCCAAACAGUCACCAUCACAGCAGUGUCCAACUCCUCUUCCAGUGUCAUCUCCACCACAGAGGUCCCUAUCGUGUCCACCCAGACCGUCACCUAUGAGUCUUCAAAGGUCAAAGGUGAGGGCUCAGAGGAGGACAAGGACUGCUCGAGCGUGUCCACUUCUGUGACGUCUGAGACGACCAGCGGCACAUCGGUCACCACCACAACCACACACAUCUCGAAGGUGGUGAGAAGCGGCUCUUCUGAGACCCGCGUGGAGAAGAGAAUCGUCAUCACAGCCGACUCUGAGAUGGACCAAGAGAAGGAAAAAGACAGCGGAGCAUCUGCGUUGUAACCGCACCCUCCUCGUUGUUUCUUCCUCCCUCUGUCUACUUCUCACUCCACACACACACACACACACACACAGGCACGCACACUCACACUGACCAGCUCCCAUCUGCACGCACACACACACACACACACAGUCCCCCUGAAGAACAUGUCUUAGUAUAUCUCGUAGUGUCUUUGUGUUACUUUCAGUUCAGCUGUCGAAGGUAGAUGAGGGCUGCGCAACUUUCCUGCUGUGUUAAAAGCUUAGUGGUCACCGAACUGUCAUUUUCACUUCAUCUCCUCGUUUUUUGUUUUUUUUUUCUAACAAAUGCACUGUUUUUAUUGUUAUUUAGAAGCCAUAAUCUGCAUCAUUCCCGUGGUGCUGUGGGGGGACGUGACGAUGACUUUCAAGGGAACGUUUUUGUUGUUGUUUACUUGUGUGUUUACAUCACAAGAGAACAUUUUUUAAAUUCAUUACCUCACACCAUCAAAUGGGAUCCUCAAAUUUGGUUUUGUUUACUCCUCAGGUACAGGAAUAUUUUAACGCGACUGAGAACAAGUAGCCUGCAUUUUAUUGUAAAGUUUGAAUUACAAAUUGAUCUAUUUUAAAAUGUUUCACUUUUUAUAGAAGUGAUGCUUUUAUAGUGUUUGUACAAAUUUAAGUUAUUCAUAUCCAUACUGCGUGUUGUUAGUCUCGUGCUGUCGACCGAUUUCAAAGACCCUUGCCGUCUGCUCUCGUCUUUUUUUGCCGUUUUUAGUUCCCCAUCACCACUUUGGUUUCACAAGCUUUGGUCUGAUUAUCUCAGGUUUUAAUAUUAAGACCAGACCUCAUGUGAUUGUAAGAGGAAUGUCUGUGUAUUUAUAUCUUUCCCUGCUUCGUUGUACAUUUGUUUUCAGCCAAAAUGAGGUCAAGAAAUGUCCAACGCUGCCACCAAUCUAAGAAGGCAGCUCUCCCAGAACACGUGGCUUUUUUUGUCGACACGGCACAUUUUUUUUCUUAACCUCUUCUGCGAAACAUUUGCAAAGUAGCUCCAUGUGGCUCCGUGUACUGUGAUGCAAACCUGUCCAGGCUUCUAAUGGAAACAUCACGCUUGUCAAUGCUGCAUCAUCAAAGUUUGUAAAGCCUUUUUACCACUUAGCCCAUGUAGGGUUCUCUCACCUGAUGUUUCUGAAACUUUUACAUAGAAAUAUAUGAUCAUCUUUUAGAUGUAGGAUGUUUGGUAGAACCUUUUUUAAACCCCGUACCGUAGCCGUUGAUAUUGUAGCUACAUGAACAACCACCACAACCUCACCCGGAGGAAUAUUUCACGAGAAGAAAACUAGUUUUAGAUGAUGGAAAAUAUUGUUGCUUUGUGACUGAUCCCUGUCUUUUUAAAGAAAAAAAUAAAAAGUGCAUUAUUCUGCAGUCGUGUUGGCCGUUCUGAGCUGGAAAUGUGUGGAUAUUGUACGGAUGUUUUGCGUCAUUCUUGGUGCUGCAUCAUGGUGAUGGUUGAAUGUUUAAAUGUUCUCUCUCCAGGAUGAAUCUGAGAUGUGGCCGGGUAGCUUGUGCUGCAGGCUCAGAAGGCAUAGAAAAGCAGUUGCUGCUUCCUUAAGAACUUUGUUCGUCACUUUCUGUCUUCAUAGGUAAUGAACAUUUAGGUUAAUUUUCUUUUUCAGCAUUGGUGUUUUAAUCAUAAUUCAUUUUUGAAACUACCCCAUCAGGUCACAUGGGAAGUUUGGCUGAAGGCCCGGCGAGUCACUUCAUGUGGCCGGCAGGAGCUUGCUAGGUGCUUUUUCCCUGCUGUGUGCAAGGUACUGGCUUCUGCGACAAAUGGUGUCACAAGUGGGCAAUAGAUAAGACUAUACUUCCCCCAAAGUUGCUAAAACAAAUGUGACUUUUCAUCAGCACAAACCACAUCUAUAACCUCAAUGAGAAAACUCAAAUCUUUAUUAUCCCUAAAAUAAAAGUGGUUCCAUCAUAUCAGACUAAACACACAAUCCUAUGAGGGUAAACAAUAUAUAAGGGCACAGGCUUCUUGCAAACAGCACACAGAAAAAAAAUCCCUAGCUCUUUCACUAUGACAGCAUUUUAGUAACCACAUGUGGUUUUGGAUCAACUGUACAUUUAUUGGUAAUAUAUCGUAGUGAACCACAGAGACUCGGUCCGAGGUGAACUUUAGCGAAUCGUCUUGGCAGGACUCUUGAAAGUGGAGGCGGCCUGGAGUUGGAGCUGAUACGCCAUCGGGUGAAUUUUGAAACCGUAUAACCUGUAGAGAGGACUGGAGUGAAUACAGUGCGACACGGAAACGCUGCGCUCCGACGGCACACGCACCUUGGCACGAACUGGUUGGCUGGCCGCUUGGGACGAUACUCUGGGUGCACCAUAAACAACAUGUGGGGGAACCCCGUGCCGAAGUAAGCGCCGUCUGUAUGGUGGUGUCUGGAGGACUUGGGCGUGUACACGUCCAUGCAUUUGGGGCAGUAGAGCUUCACCAUUGCUUCUCCUGGAAUAUCUGACAGACCUGUGUGCGAGACGGA